GCGGCGGGGAAAAAAGCGGCGAGAGGGAGGAAACGGCGCUUGAGAAGGAGGAGACGAGCAGCGCGGGGGCGAAGCUCGCGAGGGAGCCGAGCAGGAGUUGGUGAGAGGCGUACAACUCGGAGCAUUAUAUAACACUGUCAGCUUAAUCAUGGAUCUGGAGAAAUCUUCUGUCUGGGGAUCGCUGAAACAAAGGACGAAGCCUUUGUUACAAAACCUGAGCGUCAGAAGGACUAAAAAAAGCUCAACCAAACUCAUCGAGAAAAGAAAAAUUCAUCCUUUAGAUCGCCGACUUAGCUCCUCGGUGCCCGACGUGCUGAACAUAGAAACAAAACUUGAAGAAGAGACCCAUUACUCAAGGGCCAAAGCCAUGUCCACUUACUUCCCAAGCGGUUUUUCUGCCACGGAGAUAUUUCUUGAAACCAGUAGUGACUCUUCCACCAGGCAGUCAGAGGAGGAAUGGCAAUGGCGGAAGGAGGAGACUGUCCGCUUGGAAAUUGGGGUUCAGGAAACUGAAGAGUUGGUGGUUUCUGCAUCAGAUCUGGAAGAGAGGCGGAAAUCCAGCGAAGAUUUUUUUGAGCUUCUGCAAAGGAAUACUUUCAACAGUGACGUUACAGAAGACCCCCUUGAGCAAUCCUACGGAGAUUCCAGCCUUGACUCUUCAUAUUCGUCUCAGAUAUCUGAACCUACUCUUGAGGGAGCCGGUGAUGGUUUGAAUAAACCCAGUUCCUUUGCAUAUCUGCUGAUGAUACACCUGAAGGAAGGCAGGAACCUGGUCAUCCGGGAUCGCUGUGGUACAAGUGAUCCCUAUGUGAAGUUUAAGCUGAAUGGGAAAACCCUGUAUAAAAGCAAAGUGGUCUAUAAAAACCUGAAUCCAGUUUGGGAUGAAACCGUUGUGCUUCCAAUACAAUCUCUGGAGCAGAAGCUCUGGGUGAAGGUUUAUGACAGAGACUUGACUUCUUCCGAUUUUAUGGGCUCAGCUGUCCUAAUGCUUGACAAACUGGAACUGAACAGGACCAUUGAAAAAAUCCUAAAUCUGGAAGACCCAAAUAGCUUAGAGGAUGAUAUGGGUGUGAUUGUGCUGAAUUUAAGGCUUGUUGUGAAGUCAUGCGAUAUUAAAAGAAAUCGAUGGCCAAACCGAAGGAGAUGCUCUGUACCAAAGGCAAGUUUCAUGAGAACCAGCAGGCUGGUCGACACGCUGCAAAAAAACCAGUUGUGGAAUGGCACAGUUACUGUGGCUUUACUGGAAGGAAGGAAUAUCCCCAUGGCGGGCAUGACCUGCAUCUUCGUUUUGUUGAAAAUGGGCCAGGAAAAAUUCAAAAGUCGGACGCUGUGUAAGAGUGCAAAUCCACAGUGGAGGGAACAGUUUGAUUUUCAUUACUUCUCUGACAGGAAAGAUGUAUUGGAAAUUGAGAUCUGGGGAAAAGAUAACAAAAAGCACGAAGAAAUUUUGGGAAUAUGCAAAGUUGAUGUUGGAGGACUCUCUGAAAAACAAGCCAACUUUUUGGAAUUGCCUCUGGAGAAACAGCCUGGUUUCCUGAUGAUGGUGAUCUCUGUGGCACCUUGCUUAGGGGUGUCCAUCUCUGAUUUGUGCGUGUGCCCUCUGGGAGACCCCAGUGAAAGAAAGCAGAUCGUCCAGCGUUAUAGUUUUAGGAACUCUUUCCAAAACAUGAAGGAUAUUGGUUUUUUGCAAGUCAAACUUUUAAAAGCGGUUGAUCUGUUAGCUGCAGAUUUUUCAGGCAAAAGCGAUCCCUUCUGCGUCUUGGAAUUAGGGAACAGCAGACUUCAGAGUUACACUGUUUACAAAAACCUCAACCCAGAAUGGAAUCAGGUCUUUACUUUCCCUAUUAAAGACAUUCACGACAUUCUCGAAGUCAUGGUGUUUGAUGAAGAUGGAGAUAAGCCGCCUGACUUUCUUGGAAAAGUUGCCAUCCCUUUGCUGUCUAUUAAAAAUGGGCAGCAAAGUUGCUACGUGUUAAAGAAUAAAGAUCUGGAACUUCCAUUGAAAGGCAUGGUCCACUUGGAAAUAGAAGUCCUGUUUAAUCCUAUAAGAGCAAGCAUCAGAACCUUUUUUCCACGCGAGAGGAGAAGUUUGGAAGACAACCGCAAGUUUUCCAAGAAGAUCUUAUCAAGAAAUGUGGAUCGGGUGAAACGGAUCUCCAUGGCAAUUUGGAACACGAUACAGUUCCUCCGAAGCUGCUUUCACUGGGAAUCCCCUAUAAGAAGCUUGAUAGCUUUUGUGGUGUUCGUGACCACAGUGUGGCAUUUUGAGCCCUACAUGGUGCCCUUAGCGUUGUUGAUGCUCUUUGUGUACAACAUCUCCCUUAGCAGUCCUGACAAAGCCUUAAUCACACAAGACCCUCAGGAAUACAUUAUUGUAGAAGAGGACGAGGAUGAUGAUGACAAGGAGUCUGACAAAAAGGGUUUAAUAGAAAGAAUUCACAUGGUCCAAGACAUUGUUAUAACAGUCCAAACACUUUUGGAGGAAAUAGCAUCUUUUGCAGAAAGGAUAAAAAAUACGUUCAACUGGACUGUUCCUUUCCUCUCUGCACUGGCUUGCUUGGUGCUCACAGUAGCAAUGUUUGUGCUGUAUUACAUACCAUUGCGGUACAUCAUUUUAAUAUGGGGCAUACAUAAAUUUACCAAGAAGCUAAGGAAUCCUUAUUCCAUUGACAAUAAUGAGUUGCUGGACUUCCUCUCCAGGGUCCCAUCCGAUGUUCAGAGGGUGCAACAGGCUGAAUUGAAACCAUACAGCAGUUCCAGUCCCCUUAGGAAGAAAAGGAGCGCCUAGUAGGAUAUGAACCUUGGAAUGCAAGGUGCCCCUUCCGGGAACGCUGCGUACACGGGCUGCCUCUCCGCGCCACCCUCCCACUUCGCCUUGCAGAUCCGAUCAGUGCUGCAUUCACUCCAUCCAGGGUUGUCUGGAAGUCAUAUUUGGACUUCAAACAACAACAAAAAAAAAUCAAAGUCGUUCAUAGGAAUGACUUAUUUGACCCGGCUUAUUUGUCUCUGGAAGACAGAAAAAGAGGACUGUCCAAAUCCAGCACGGCAUUGAGAGCAGAUUGGAGAACCAAAGACGGAUGAGACGUUUUCUUUCUUUCUUUCUUUCUUUCUUUCUUUCUUUCUUUCUUUCUUUCUUUCUUUCUUUCUUUCUUUCUUUCUUUCUUUCUUUCUUUCUUUCUUUCUUUCCUUCCUUCCUUCCUUCCUUCCUUCCUUCCUUCCUUCCUUCCUUCCUUCCUUCCUUUUAUUCUGUAUGAUAGAAAAGCCAUUUUUAAGUUCCCAUUUUUGGCUGCCAAUUUGUCCCUGACAUAGUAACAGUUCAAAAAACCAUAAAGCCAGAUUGACUCUCAUCCUGGGUGGCAGAGUCAAAACAAGGUUGAAUUUGUCUUGUUAUGUAAAAUAGAAAAGUGCCUCUUUUUUAAAAAAACAAACAGUUUUUG